AUGGCGGAGCCCAAUGUCUUUCAGAGUCUUCGACAUGUGUUUAUGUCGUACCGGACAGAAGAGGAGGAAAGAGCAUACUCCCGGCAGGCGUUUUUCAACUUCAUUGGGUUUGUGACUGUAUCCAUUGGGUUUUCAUUUGUGGCAACCAAGAUAUUGUGA